AUGUCUGGAUUGGAGCGAAAGAUACAAAAUCUUAAAACCCGCCGGCGCAGCAUCGCAACGUCGUUUAAUUUAAUCAGGAGAUUUGUUGCCGAAUAUAACGCUGAAAGAGAUGCUGCCGAGGUACCAGUUCGUAUAGAAGCAAUCGUGUCGUUGUGGGCAGAUUUUAACACUGUUCAAGCGGAGUUAGAAACCACGGAUGAGUCACCAGAUGCACUUGAAGGAUACUUGAAGGAGAGAGCCGAGUUCGAAUCAUUGUUCUACAUGAUUAAAGGAUUCCUUCUGCAGCAUGUUCCUGCAACAACCACCACAGUGGCACCAACACCACAAAUAAACCCCACGAACCGCGUGAAACUGCCCGAUGUGAAACUGCCAAUAUUUGAAGGGAAAUUUGAGACUUGGCUAAAUUUCCACGAUUUGUUCGUAUCGUUAGUACAUUCGUCAACCGAUUUGUCGAGCAUUCAAAAGUUUUACUACCUUCGAUCGUCACUCGGAGGUGAAGCGUUAAAACUAAUACAAACAAUACCGAUAAGCGCAACUAACUAUCCUGUCGCAUGGAAUUUAUUGGUCGAGCAUUUCCAGAAUCCCACUGUAUUGAAAAGAAAUUAUGUACAAACCUUAUUUGACUUUCCAACCCUACGCCGUGAGUCAGCUACCGAUCUGCAUGCACUGGUUGAACAAUUCGAAGCGAACGUCAGGGUGUUGAACCAAUUGGGAGAGCACACCGAAUAUUGGGAUAUUCUUCUUGUUCACUUUCUCGCCAGCCGACUGGAUUCUGUAACACGACGUGACUGGGAAGAACAUUCAGCAGUUCAUGAAACCAUCAGUUUCCGAGGCCUUACCGAUUUUAUUCAGCGAAGGGUGAACGUCCUGCAGCAAAUUACCACCAAACCAGUGGAAGCACAGCAGCAACAUCAAUCAAAAAAUAAGAAACCAUAUCAGCCUCGUUUGGGAACGCACGGAGCAUUUCAAGAUCAUCGAUCCCGAAAAUGCAUCGCAUGCUCUGAGGAGCACACAAUUUAUCAAUGUAACACUUUUGCUCGUUUGCCGAUCGAUGAGAAGGAGAGACUCAUAAAACGGAAUCAUCUCUGCCGUAAUUGUUUCCGUAGAGGGCAUUUCGCUAGAGAAUGUGCUUCGGAGAGUUGCUGUAAAAAAUGUAAAGCAAGACAUCACACACUAUUGUGCACAAAAACUGUUCCUUAUGCUGGGAAUUCGUCAAACAAUAUUGCGGCUGGCUCGAAUAUGGCUACCUUACCUACAUCCACAAAUACCUCGUCCAAUCAACGUCCAGUGCCAACUGCAACCGUGGCGCAUUCCGGGAUUACCAGUUGCAAUUCACAAGUACUUGGCCGAACCAAGGUAAUACUAGCAACCGCUGUGAUAGUGCUGAUUGAUGACGCCGGCAAGGAGCACUUAGCUCGUGUAUUGUUAGAUUCUGGCAGCGAGUAUUUCUAUGUAGAUGACCUUUACUCGGGAGCAGCGACAGUAGAAGAAGCAAUCGAACUUCGGAAACAAUUGGAUUCCCUACUCUCUGCCGGCGGGUUCCAGCUGAGGAAAUGGGCAUCUAAUAUCGCAGCGGUGCUAAACGGUGUUUCUCCAGAGAACCGUGCUAUUCAAGAGCAGCUCGAUUUCGAUCGAGACCAAACACUUAAAAAACUCGGAUGUCAACAGCAAGUGUCCUUCCCGUCAUGUACGGGAAGCAAGACCUACGGUUUGGAUCUACCUAUCCGAACCGAGGGUCCGGAUCCAGACACUCGUCUGGAUCUAAUCACCAAGCCUGGGUCUGGUUCAGGUCCGGACAGUGUUGCCACAAUUAAAUAUGUACUGGGAGUUCAUAUCAAAAUUCUUUUCUAUCUGUACUAUUCUAUAGAAACAUCUGUACCAGAUUCUGUGCCCAAACAAUAA